AACAUGGGAAUUAUACUUGUAAUCUGACAUGUAGCCAAGAGAAUGGUAAGCAAACUUGUAUGGCUAAAAAAUGUAAUCUAGAAUACAGCGGAAACAAUUCUUCUCAGCGCUGCAUCGGAGAAGUAGAAAGAUGCAAAAUGGAUUGCAACAGAGGAGAUUGCGAUCAGCUUUGCAACGGGAAAGAAUAUUGCAUUAUGCAAUGCAGUGGAAAAAAGUGUACUCAACGUUGCAAUGGGCCGGCAAAAGGAUGCAAAAUGAACUGCAGCGGGGAAGAGUGUAACCAGUAUUGCAACGCAGAAGAAGACUGCGAUAUGCAAUGCAGCGGGGAAAAUUGUACUCAGCGUUACAAUGGGCAAGUAAAAAGAUGUAAUAUGAAAUGCAGUGGGAGAGAGUGUAAGCAGUAUUGCAAAGGAAAAGAGAGUUGCAAAAUGCAAUGCAGUGAUGGAGAAGUGUGUAAUCAGCUUUGUAACGGAGAAGGAGACUGCAUUUUGCGAUGUAAUGGGGAAGGGUGUGAUCAGCGUUGCAGCGGGCAAGCGAAAGGAUGCAAUGUAACAUGCAGCGGGAAAAGAUGUAAUCAGUGUUGCAACGCACAGGUAAAAAGUUGUAAUAUGCAAUGCAGCGGAAAAAACUGUACCCAGGAUUGCAAAAGGCAAUUAGAUAAAUGCAAUAUGCAAUGCAAUGGGAUUAUUUGUGAACAGACGUGUCAUGCUCACACAUGUAACAUGACAAGGUAUGGGCCCAGGAAUAGAUUAACUAAACAGAUCUGCAGAAGCGGUAAUGGCACAUGUUAUCAACACAUUAUGAUGCAAUGCAGCAUGGGAAGCUUUGAUAUCAACUGUUACAGAAGUGGUCGAUGCAUAGCCUCCAAACGGCUCAAUAGUGACUGCAGCCCUUCAAUUUUAUACACGUCCAACGUCGUAAAAUCAGCCUCGAUAACAACAAUACAAGUUAUCGCAACUCCAACUUCAACAGUACAAGCUCCUUUGCUAUCAUCAUCACCGAAAUCAUUUUUAGUAUUGGUACCAUCACCAUCGUCGUUAUCGUCAUCAUUAUCGUUUUCGUUACCACCGUCGCUUUCGUCAUCGUCAUUUCCACCUCGGACAACUCCGUUAUCGCCGUUGGAAAGCAUUGAGAAACUGGUAAACGCAUCUGUUUCUGAAUUUAGUAGAAUAGAAAUCAGCAGAAACAGCUCCAUGCAGGAGGCAAUAAGUUUGUUGGAAGACUUCACCGAUCGGUAUAUUAACUUUUCAAAAUCUCAUAAAGGAGAACUUGGUGUAGGAGAGGUUAAAGCAGUAACAGAAUCCGUUUUUAGAGUGGCAGUCGCCUUCGAGGAAUUUGCUCUUAAUUACGGUAAAUACCAUCUGAGUGGAACAGAGCCUUCAAAAACGAUCGUGCGCCAGAAAAUGGUUUUAAGUAUUCAGAAAGGUUACCGCCAGAAUACGACCGACUUCUCUCUCGAGGAGAACGAAUUGCAAGCCACCAUUAAUAUUUCCUCUGCAAAUUUUGCGGAGAAUGGAUCAGUCGUAAUAGGGUGUGUCUACAGAGAACUCCACGAAUUACUUCAAACAAAUCAAGACAUCGAAAAAGAAAAUGGCAAUUCAAGGUAUGUGAAUACCAGGAUAGUGACUGUAGCUUUGGAUCCCGCGCCCGAAAAAUUACAACAGGAUGUCAUCUUGAAGUUCAAAAACUUGAAGGUCGAUGAAGGAGAGAAGCAUUGUAUGUUUUGGAGUGGCCUCAGCAAGAGUCCAGACGGGUUUUCAGGAGAUGGUUGUUAUGUAGAUCCAAUAAAGAGCAACUCAGAAGACACAGUUUGCAAAUGCAAUCAUCUGACUCAUUUUGCUGUCUUAGUUGACUUCAGCGGUGGCCCAGAGCUCUCAUCCAAGGACGUCACUAUUCUGGAGAUCAUCACAUACGUGGGAUUAUGUCUUUCCAUCAUAGGAAUUCUUUCCACAAUAACUUUAUACUUUUUACUCACGUGA